AUUUCAGAAGGAACGGUUCGUUGCCUGUGAGAUAUUCUUUCAAAUAUUUCGUUUUACACGUUCAAGACAUUUUGGAUUUCGAUAAUGUAUAGUGGAAUUUUUAGUGAUGGCUAAUUACGGUGUUUCGGUGAAACGAAGUGCAAGUGAUUUGGAAGAACAAAGUUUGAUUCUCUACAGGAAAAAGACUGAGCUUAGGAAUGACUUAGAUAAAGAGCCCAAAGAUUUGACAAAUAGAAAUAUGUUUCCUAGUGCACAAAUAAAAAUGAGGUUAAUGUCUCCUAGUACGUCACCCGCUACGUCACCUACAAUGUCGAAUUCUUCAUCGCCAACGCCCCCUGCAGUUAAUUAUAAUAAAAUGACCGGAAUACCAUGCGUAGCUGCUGCUUCUAGAUAUACCGCCCCUGUACAUAUAGACGUUGGGGGGACUAUAUACACAUCAUCCUUGGAAACGUUAACAAAAUACCCAGAAUCUAAAUUAGCGAAACUUUUCAAUGGUAGUAUACCCAUUGUUCUUGAUUCACUGAAACAACACUACUUUAUAGACAGAGAUGGUGGCAUGUUUAGACAUAUACUUAAUUUCAUGCGUAAUUCAAGAUUACUUAUUCCUGAAAACUUCCAAGAUCUUGAUUUACUAUUAGAAGAAGCUAAAUAUUUCGAUAUCACUCCUAUGGUUAAACAUCUUGAACAGCUAAAAAGGGAAAGGAUAAAAAACGGUGUGAUUCUUCACAAAUCUCAAUCUACCGGAAACGAAAAUAACCAUCACAAAUCGACUGAGAAUAACCGAUUAGGACAAGAAAUGUACGAGUGCGUAGCUUUGCACGUAAGUCCGGAUCUAGGAGAACGUAUAAUGUUAUCGGGAGACAGAUCUCUACUCGAUGAGGUUUUUCCAGAAACUAAUCAAGCAGUAAUGGAUGCCAGGUCGGGGGUUGCUUGGAAUCAACAAGAUGCGCAUCAUGUUAUCAGAUUUCCUCUAAACGGCUACUGCAAAUUGAAUUCGGUGCAAGUGAUAACGAGACUUUUAAACGCCGGUUUUAAGAUAGCAGCUAGCAAUGGAGGAGGUGUUGAAGGUCAACAAUUUUCCGAGUACCUGUUCAUCAGAAGAGUUCUACCUGGUUGAUUCAGUUCCAUUCCAACUAACAGACAAUCAUUGCAGUUAUAUAAAUGAAGAAUUCUAAUUAUUUUAGAAAAAUUAUCCUCGAUUCGGAUAAUUGCGAAUUGUUUUCAGAAUGUAACUAUAAAAUCUCAUCGAUUUUCAUUAAAAAAAAUUUUACUUGCCAACAUAAUAAUGUUAUUGGAAAUAAUAUCCCUAACAGACAUAGUUAAUAUUCUUUUUCAUUCGAUUUGAUGAAGCCUUUGACUACUUAGAUAGUAAGCAAGCUUUUUUCCACUUAAUUAAUAAUAUUCAAUAAGAGGAUGUUCCCAGAAGUAUCUGGCCCAACAAAAAAACACAAAAAUUUUGGUGAAAAUAUAUUUAUUUUCCAAUUAAAUCUUCAUUUAGUUCCAUUCACUUUUCCCAGUUUUUAUAAUAAGAAUCGUCAAACUUCUAGAAAUAGCCAUUAACUGCCGACAUUACCCCUUCAUUGUUGGAAAAUCUUUGACCACUAAGCCAUUUUUUCAAGUCUUGGAACAGAAAAUAUUCUGGGGGGCCAAAUCUAGCAAAUAAGUUGCAUGAGGUAGCAAUUCAAACUUUGAUUCUUUAAUUUUGGUCAUUGCAAUAACAGAUGUGUGAGCUGGUGCAUUGUCUUGAUUCUUCUUAGCCAAAUGCGGCUGUUUUUGCUCGAUAUCUUCGCUCAAACGUUGAAAUACACUCGCAUAAUUCUCGAUGUUGAUAGUUUUUCCUUUUAUAAGGUAGACAAUAAAAAUUAUCCCAUGCGUAUCCCAAAAAACGAACGCCAUGACCUUGCCUGCGCAUGGAAAGAUAUUUGCCUUUGGAGCCGGUUCUCCCUUUUCAUUCCAUUAUUUUGAUUGUUUUCUUGUAUCGGGUGUGAAGUGAAUGACCCACGUUUCAUCCAUAAUUAUAAAACGGCGCAAAAAUUUUGGUGAAACAUUACCAAACAUUCGAUGAAAACGAAACAUCUUCACGACGCUGUUUUUGUUCCAUUGUGUGCUAAUGCAUCUUGCGCACAGCUUACACAUGUCCAACUUUUAAGUUAACAUAACAUGUAUCGCACUUUUUGAAAUGCCUACUAUGUCUUCUAGAUCGCGCACUUCCAAUAAACGAUCAUCCAGUACCGCUUCGUGAAUUUCUGGAGUUGUCACCUCAUUUGGUCGACCACUGUGAUGCUGGUCUUCGCAGGUCGUACGUCCUCGUUCAAAGUGUGCUAACCAAUAUUUUACCGUUAAUAGCUAAAGAGCAGUCUCACCCAGAGUAGAAUCUAGCUCAGAUUUUAUCUUAGUUAAGGUCUUUCAAAUUAAAAUAUUGUAUCACAUAACGAUGAGCAAUGUUAACAAAUUCACUGAACACGUUCACUAUUGGUAGCUGCCAACAAAUACUAAACAACGUGGCAUCUUCAAACUCAACAUAUGUGCUGUAUAGAUUGUAUUGUUCAAAUACCGCCCCCUCUAGAUCAGGCCAGUACUUCUGGCACCAUCCUUGUACCUAUCAGUUUAUGGCGUCCAAAAUAUCUUGAGAUGUGGAGAAGAUUUGUCUGGUUUUUUAUCUGAAUUAAAGAGGUAAUAAAUAUAAUAAAUACGUCUUGAAAAUAUGUUGAGAAUCGAAAGUAUUUUUAGCACUUAAGUUCUAAGAGUUCGGCACCUGCAAGCAUACUGAAUCAAUCUGGAAAACUGAAUCCGACAGAUAUCCUUUAAUUAAUUAUAAAUGAAUAGGAAUAAAAAAACUAUUAUUUUUAUGCACAGUUCUUGGACUGAGUAGAGGAAAGGGGUCAAAAGAUCUUUCAGGUCUCAGUGAAUCGUCACCCUAUCAAGCAUACAAACAUUUGGUAAUGAGUGACUUUUCAGACCUAAAAAUUAUCCUUAAAGUUCUCCGUCUAUUGGGAUUUCAAAAUACUAUAUUCCGGAAAAGCAUAGGGCUAUUUUUUGAAUGAUUUGAAAGAAUUGAAAAUUCUCCGUAAGGAAUCGUAUGUAGAGUUUAAAAAAGAUUGUGUUGAAAAAUAAAGUAAUUGCAGCAAAUCGCCUGAUAUGAAGCCAAUUUUUGGAAUACUCAUCCUCACCUUGUAAAUAAAGGAAACCUAAUGGCGGACUUUGUCUUUUUGAAGCCAGUAUUCCCUAUUCGAAUUGCUGGAUGAGAAAUAUAGAAAGUUUUUUUGGAAAUGUUUCGAGGACACUUGGCACUGAUCUUGAUGGAAAAUGAUUAGUAAUUUCUUCUUCUUCAACGUAUUGUAGGCAUUAGGCCUGUAGUUUCCAGCUUGUCAUCCUUGAGAUGUUGAUGUCCAUGAAUCCAUCCAUCUUUUUGGAGGUCUUCCUAAAGGUCAUCGUAUCCCUGGUCAUUCUGUCCACGUGUUCAAGCUGUUCUACGUUUACAUCCCCAUCUGACUAUGUCUUCCACCUCACAUUCUUCUAAAAAGUAUGUUCUAUGAGCUACAAGCAUCGAAGUCUCAUGGCAUGAGUAAAACCUACAAUUUCUGUUUAUGUUCUUUACAUUGUACUUGUGGUUUUCAUUCACUAUAUGGUGUGAUCGCAUCUAAUAAAUUGUUCUUCGUUCUGCCCUCUAGUCGUUUGCUACAUGCCUGUUGGAAAAGAACUUUACUGGUAUGUCUCAGUGCUGCAAUUCUGCUUCUUUGUUCUUUUUUUAUAUAAAAAGCAAGCACAAGAGUAAUUCGAGUGAUGUCUGCCGUGAGGGAUGCCUGUGGAUAUUGAUCUUCCGUAGGCUGUACUCCACUUCUCCAAAUAUCACUUGGUGUUCAUAAGCCAUGUUUGCUUGUCAAAAACUGCUCUAGGUGGGAUUGUAUUGGACAACUCGGAAGAGCAUUUGCCGUAGUUUUAUCGGUAAAACAGAGUCAGGUUUGCCACCUUUCUUCUAUGCUUUUUUCUGUAUUGGGUCGAGCAUCCUCAGGGAAUGCUAAGGACGAGCUCAAAAUGUGCAAGCAAUAUUCAAAAUUCAAAAGAUGAACGAAUCUGAGACUUGUACAAGAUUAGGAGCUGUUGCAGAGUAUGUAGCUUUUUGUGAAGCUGCCUUGACUAAAUUGACCAGGUGAUUUAUAUUUAUUUAUAUCCAGACAGGACCAAAUCCAGCCGUCUUUGUAAAAACAGCAGCUUUGGUCUUUGCUGCAUUAAACUGAAUCAAAUUGCUUCCACCACUCUUAAAAAUGUUUUCUCUAUUAAUUAGUCUUCCUCAUGUUCCAUUUUACUUUAAAUAUUUUUUUCUUGAAUAUUCUAAGCCUUUUAUGUGAGUGGACAGAAAACCUACUGUCUGAAUGGUGGUUUAUUGAUUCAAUUAUAAUCAUCUCAGUCUUGCUAAUCUUUUCACGGCAAGUCGAGCCAGUAAAGCUUUCUCGGAGAGCUACUGUCCAUUUUAGUAGAUCUAGACGAAAGUUCCAUGAUGCUGAACAAUAAUUGUAAUACCGCAGACUUGAUCAAAUAUCUAAAAAACACUCAACCGUAUCAUAAAUUGUGAACAACUGACAUGUCGCUAAUAACCUUGCAGUUGAUGCGACAUUAAAUAAAUAAAUAAAUAAGAAUUAUAUUUUUAGUGUAAUGUGAUAAUAUGAAUUCUGUAAGUUCUAACAAUUGAUUUUUUUCAUGCUUCAGCUUAAAAGUCAACGAGCCAAUGAGCGGACAAGCGUUUUUCUCUGUCUGAGCUUUAUAUAUUAAGCGCUGUAUCGACUGCGUUUUCGUAUAUUGCCAAAUGCUCUAUUAACUUGAAUAUUUCUAUUUUUCAAACUUCAGUUUUUUUAGUUUAACCAUGUUUUGUGAAUGAAGAUAACACAAAAGUGAUAUGCGCGGAUCUGUAUGCCGGUUUAUCCACGUUUUUUAAUCAUUUCUUCACCCCCACUAUCGUUUUCUUGGCACUGAAUGCAAGAGUUACCUAAAACAAGUUUUAUCUUCACUAAAUUUACUUAGAGACUAAAGUGAACAAUUUGAGCUAAAUUUACUUCAUUCAAAAUGUCAGUUCAAAUGAUAUGUGUAGGGAUUUCGAUAAAGAAUAACGAUUGACAGAUCUGUCAUUUAUGAUUGAUUCUAUAGGAACAAAUGCUUAAAAUAUCCCAUGAGUGUCGUAUAAUAGUGUACAAUAAAUUUCUCUACUAUAUUUUUAUAUCAAAGCUUGUUUUACGAUUAUAUCUUGCACUGCUCAAUGCAGAGACUUCUUUGAAAGAAAAAUUCUGAAUAUUCCUUUCUUAUUUAUCUUUAAAUCCGAUUGCCUAAUUCGUAAGCAUCCUUCUCCAAUUUCAAAAAGAACGUUGAUCAACUCCACGUUCGGAAUAAGUCAAUGCUUAAUAUUAUACAAUGCAAAAAAAUGCACAAUCACUUGCCAAUUGAAAUCAAAUCGAUAUCACCUUUUCCUGCAUUUCGUAAUAAAUUGAGGGCAUAUUUACUAGAAAACGCCUUCUUCUCUGUAAAUUUUAUUUUAUUUGUACCUUUAUUUAGUUAUUGUUAUGUUUGUUUAUUAGUUUUUAUAAGCUUUUAUCUUCAAAUUGUAACAAUUUUUUGAGAAUAAAGCAUUUCUCUCUAUAUCUACUGAACUAUUGAGUAAAACUCAUACUUUUUUUUCACAAAUCUAGUAAAAGGUUUGAAACAUUUGAUAUCUGAGGUUAGUAUAUUUGAUUUUCUGAUAAAACAUAAUUGGAUACAUUCUGGAUGCAAUGUGGAUUUAUAGUUACAUUAAUAUCAACUGUUGUUUAGUAAACAUAUUCAAAAACUAAUGCAAAUGUAAUGAUGGAAUCCUGGAUAGAAUUAAAGCAUUAAUUUGAGGAAAACUGAACGAUUCCAAAUAUGAUUAACAAAAUUUUUCAUCAAUAAUCGUUUUAUAUAUCUGUAACUAUUUCCUGAGCAGAUGUACUGAUCUCAAAAUAGAUCUAAUCGGCUGUGAUCCUUCUAAAAAUUUAGUUGGAUCGACCACUUUACUAUUGUAAUAUAUUACUUAUAUGAUGUAUUUAAUAAAAUAUUAUUUGAAA